AUGUACCGCUUCGACGAGUUCAAUGAUGCAGCACCUGGCGCACCACGAUCGCUGGCAGUGGGCAUGAGUGGCUACCUCAAGAAGUUGGCAUGCCGCUUCAGGGAGGAGUGCGGGGAGCUUCUACCUCGAGUGACGUCUCCGUUCAUUUCCGACACGGAGUGGGUUGAUUCAUCCGAGGGUCGUGGGCGGUUCCAGGCAAAUUGCGCCAGCUACGUCGCAGCCAUUCUUUUCUCGGCGCGGGUGUGCCGCUCGGAUUGUACUACGGCCGUCCAAAAACUAUGCACGCAGAUCAGUUGUUGGUCGGUUGCUGCGGAUCUCGCCCUGGUCCGCCUGAUGGCAUACAUGGAGUGCGAGCCGGACCUGGAGUUAGUGGGCACCCUGGCGCCAGAGGACGCGACCGACCUGGAGAUCAACGUGUGGCACGACGCGGAAUGGAACCGGGAUGCUUCGACCACGAAGAGGCCGAGUGGCUUGUUCGUCGAGCUGCACUCGCCGACAAGUGGCCGCACUUUCCCGUUGGUGUGGAAAACGUCCCUGCAGACAGCGACCGCGAGUUCCAGCGCGGAGUCGGAGACUGUUUCGCUCUCUGCUGGGUUGCGGCAGGAGGCGCUCUCAGUUCAAAAGCUUUUCGAGGUCUUGUUGGGCAGGCGUCUGUUGUUGCGCUGCCAGGUAGACAACACUCAGGCGGUGGCCGCGGCGAAGAAGGGCUAUAGCAAGCGCCUUCGGCACCUGAGCCGGACCCACAGGUGCAGCCUUGGAGUCCUCUGCGAGCUGAUCGAGGACAAGGAUGCUUGUGAACAGCGGGGUGACCUGUUCACGAAGGCCCUGCUUUCGGCGGCAUUCGUGAGAGCGCUCGAGCUCGUCGGCAUGAGGCGGCCAGCGCUGUGA